CCGGCAGGGGCCGCGCUCUCACAGGGCGGCGGCGCCGGGAGCGGGGAGGGCCGGGCCGCCGGCUCCUCUCUUUCCCCACCUCCCUCUGUCCCCAGGCCUGGGCUGCGGCGGCGGCAGCGGAGGAAGAUGCAGGCGGAACGCGGGGCCCGGGGAGGCCGGGGGCGGCGGCGGCCGGAGCGGGACCGGGAUCGGCCGGGUCAGGGGCCUGAGCUGGGGCCCGGCGCGGCUGCAAGAGGCGGCGGCGACGGCGGCGGCGGAGGCCGAGAAGGAUGGGAUCGAAACCGAGGUCGAGGCCGAGGCGGCCGCGGGGGCCGCGGAGGCCGGGGAGGCGGUGGCAGCGGGGCCGCACACGGGGCCCAGCGGGGCGGCCGCCGGGAGCAGCGAGGCCGGGGCGCGGGGCCCAGUGAGCUGGUGGAACAUGAUGAUGCUGACACCUAUGAAGAAGAGAACAAUGAGUGGGGAAAUUAUUCCAAAAGAAAGAUUGUCUCUAACUGGGAUCGAUAUCAAGAUUUUGAGAAAGAGGCAGAAAAUGAAAGUGGAGAAUCACAAAGGGGGACUGAUUUCAGCGUCCUGCUUAGCUCUGCAGGUGACUCCUUCUCACAGUUUCGUUUUGCAGAGGAAAAAGAAUGGGAUACUGAAGCUUCAUCUCCUAAACAGAUCUCAGCCCUUUAUGUGGACUGUGAGUCACUGGUCCGAGCACUUCAAGAACUGCCUCUGUCCCUCCGACUGAACGUGGCUGCUGAAUUAGUCCAGGCUACAGCUCCUCUAGAGCUUCCCCAGAUGAAACCAAAGAAAAUGGAAGAUGGCAAGGGGCUAGGUAUGCAGAUGAGAUGGCCCUUGGGGCCAGGCUCUGAUGUGAUCUCAGAUGCUGCCAAUCGCCCGGGGCCCACAGGGAAGGAUGGACCCAGGCCGUGCUCUUCGGAAGCUUUUCAGAAAAUCACUCCACCGCUACAGCAGACUAUAGACCACCUAGAUGAAGAACUUGAUCUGCUGCUAAAUUUAGAUGCUCCAGUCAAAGAAGAAGAUAACACUCUAACAGCUCAGACAUAUCAAGAUCCUAGAGCCAAGAAGGAUGGAAAGAUGGUCCAAGAGGAAAAUGUUCCUAAAGAACUCUCUGUGACUGAAGAAAAGAGUUUGGAAGCUGAGCAACCACCAUGUACAUCCAAAAAUGUUACUGAGGAAGAGCUUGAAGAUUGGCUGGACAGCAUGAUUUCUUAGAGAAAAAAAUUUUUUUUGCAGAGCUGGAGCUGCCCUGUUACUUAUGGGUGGAUUAAAGGGAGACAUGAAUGAGGCAAUCCUUGAGGAAGAGCUAUUUAUAGCACACCCCAAAUCAGUGGUCCAGCAUGGUUAUGGUAGUAUGACUCCCACUUAUAUUUCAGAUAACAGUUGGCAUAAUAAAUUACAGAGGCUCAUUCCAGUUAUUCUUUCUGGCAUAGAAUUCUAAUAACCCAACUUCCUUAAGCAAGUGGAAUGCUGUUACCCAUCCCAUGGGCUUCCCAUCUGCUGAUAGUAAAAUCCAGGUUCCACCUAGCCCCCAAUAUUUGUUUAAGCAAAUUAGAUGCUGCUGAAUAAUAUGAUGUGACAAGAACAAGGUAUGAUUGGUGCCUAUAUGCAUUUGGGAAAAAUAAAUUAUAAAUGCUGGUAAAACUA